UAAGCGGCUGAGUAUGAUCACCGGCUGUAAACGGUUCAGCCAACAUGGCGUCCUCGGGGAAGAAAGCGGCGCACGACAUAGAAACUCGGAAGCGUACCGACGAUGUGCUUUUGUCGGAGGGCAUCGACUUCGGCUCCCUGCUGCUGUCUCAGGCCGUGCUGGACGGACUGUCCGCCGCAGGCUUCCGGAAGCCCUCCCCGAUCCAGCUCAAGGCCAUCCCGCUGGGCCGCUGCGGGCUCGAUUUGAUUGUACAGGCCAAGUCUGGCACGGGAAAGACGUGCGUGUUCUGCACUAUCGCCCUGGACUCUCUGGUCCUGGAGAAUCCUGCAACUCAGGCUCUUGUGUUGGCGCCUACACGUGAGAUAGCGGUGCAGAUCCACUCAGUAUUGAUGGCCAUAGGCUGUGCCAUGGAGGGCCUGGAGUGCCAUGUUUUUAUCGGGGGCAGGCCUGUGAGUCAGGACAAACCCCAUCUGAAGAAGUGCCAUGUGGCUGUGGGCUCACCUGGUCGUAUCAAGCAGCUUAUCGAGCUGGGCAUGUUGUCCACUGCCAGCAUCAGACUGUUUGUUCUGGAUGAGGCAGACAAGCUGCUGGAGGAGGGCAGCUUCCAGGAACAGAUAAACUGGAUCUUCUCCUCUCUGCCUGUGAACAAACAGAUGCUUGCGCUCUCUGCCACCUACCCAGAAUCCCUCGCGCAGCACCUUACCCGCUACAUGAGAGAGCCCACCUUUGUUAGACUCAAUCCCAGUGACAUGGGCCUCAAAGGUCUGAAGCAGUAUUACAAGCUGGUGCAGUCACAUCCGUUACCUCACAAGGUUUUCGAGGAGAAGGUGCAGCACUUACUAGAGCUGUUCAGUAAAAUCCCAUUCAACCAGGCCCUAGUGUUUUCCAACCUACACACAAGGGCGCAGCACCUGGCCGACAUCCUCUCCUCCAAAGGCUUACCUGCUGUUUGUAUCUCAGGUGGUCUGAGUCAGGACCAGAGACUGGAGGCGAUGUCAAAACUGAAGCAGUACCAAUGCAGGGUGCUCAUCUCCACUGACCUGACCUCCAGAGGCAUAGAUGCAGAGAAGGUCAACUUGGUGAUAAACCUGGACGUACCGCAGGACUGGGAAACCUACAUGCACAGAAUUGGGCGGGCGGGACGCUUCGGCACUCAGGGGCUGGCUGUGACCUACUGUUGCCAUGGUGAGGAGGAGAACAAGAUGAUGGCCAUUGCUCAAAAGUGCGGCCUGAAUUUGUCCGCAUUGCCAUCCACCAUAGAGCCUGGGCUGAUGGACGAGCCAUGUGACUGGGAUGUGUGCACUGAGGCUUCAGCUCCAGGCUCCUUAUCCCAGCUCGUCUCCAGGACGGAGAAGAAGCGGCGCUCCAAGGCCGACGUGCCUGCAGCUGCCUCCAUCACAGACCAAGCUGUCGAGCACAGUGGACCGACAAAGCGGGAGAAGACCCCUCCGACACCUGGGAGAGAAGCACAGAGCGAAGGGAAUGCUAGAAAAGCAUCUCCUGCUAGUCCUGCUCAGUCGGUGCAGACUCGAAAACAGCUGCAAGACGCUCUACCGAAGAUCCCUCCUCUCAGCUCGUUCAAGAGUUGCGGGUCCAGGUUUAUGACUUUUGAGGAAGCUGAGCGGGACUUCCACAGCUUCAUUACCACAGGUUUGGGGAGAUCAGUGGAGGUCAUCAGGGAGUUCAGAGGUCAAGACGACGACGCCGAAGAUGAUGACGAUGAUGAUGAUGAUGAUGAUGAAGGAAAGGAGUGGAGCACUGAAAUUUAUUGGAGAGCCUGCUACAAAGCCUGGAAGGAUUACUACGCCUCCUUGUCUCCUUUUCAAGAGCAAGGUUACCAAAGCUACUACAGCGUGGCUCACAACUGGAUGGCGGCUUAUCGUAUGAAUGCUGUCUACAUGGAGGAACUCAUGAAAUACUGACUUGUCUAUACCAAUAUCGGGAUUUCUAAUUCUGCUGUUUCCUUGUGGGGUAAUGUGUGCGCACAGUGACGUCUAACAUUUCCCUUUAUUAAAAAAAAAAAAAAUUGGGAGUGCAGGACUUGUACACGUUUUUGCACUUCUGGUCGAACACACUGCUUAAAUUUUGAGUGCGUAUUUUUCCCCAAAUCCGUGCCAUGUACUGUGUGUCACAAUUACUUUUCUAAUAAAUGACCAGCAUGUAUUCCAAA